UGACCUCAGGCCUCCGUGGUCCUGGGAACUCUAGGGCAUGAGGGUGCGAUCUCGCCCCCACACCCACAGCUCUGGAUCAAAAGCCUGGAUCUGGAAGACAGACGGCCCCCUGAGCAGACAACCUCCAGAGUAUUGAGGAUCACCGAUGGCCGAGGCAAAAUACUCACAGUGCUAGGAAGAAGUGGAUUCGUUGGAGUUGCCAGGAGAAGAGGCCAGCACGGCUAAAAAAACUUAGAUUGUGUUCUGCUCAAACUCCUCUUCUGGAUUCUGGCUGAACACAAGCCCGUUAUCACUUCUCCAAGCUGGGGAAAAGCUGGAAGUGAAGAAAAGCUCUGAGAAGAUGCUGUUGUCCACCUCUGCUGCCAAGCACUAUGGAGUUUGAUCCUUCCAAUCAGGAAGGUCAGAAGCCUCUGAUGUCAUCGAUCAUUCCAGUCUGGCAACCAGUUUGAAGGAAAACACGCGUAACUGCCAGACAGGUGUCCACUUUGGAGAUCGGGGUAAAGGAUAUCUCCUGCCGCCAACCCAGCCUUGGACCGUCCUCCAGAACUGUCCUCCAGAGUCUGGACCACUCUCCAGCAGAUGCCAGGCUCCCUCCAUGCUAAACUUGAACCAUGUCAGACUCUCUCCACCCCUCUACUCCUAUUUCAAGGCGCAGUCUGGCAGGAGAGGGAGGAAGCCAACAAGGAAACUUAGCAGGAAGGUCCACCGUUAACGGUCUGUACGCAUUUCCAAGAGCAGUAGAAAAUGAAUGAGUCCCAGGGACCAGUGUCAUUCAGGGAUGUGGCCGUGGACUUCACCCAGGAGGAGUGGCAGCAGCUGGAGCCGGAGGAGAAGACCACCUACCGGGACGUGAUGCUGGAGAACUACAGCCACCUUGUCUCCGUGGGGUACGACAGCACCAAACCGAAAGUGAUCCUCAAGCUGGAGCAGGGAGAGGAGCCGUGGGUAGUGGAAGGUGACCUGCCGUGUCGGAGUCGUCCAGAAGUCUGGAAAGUUGAUGACCUGAUAGAGAGAAUCCCAGAAAAUGGAGAUGACAUUUCAAGGCAGGCUGUUUCUACCAACAGCAAAACCCCAAAUGAGGAGAGAGAGGAUGCAUUUGAUACAACACAUAAUGUGGAAACAAGCCUUGUUCCUUCGAGCGUCCUAUCUCACACUUGUGUCUCAUGUGGAAAGAAUUUAGAAUCGACUUCAGAAUUAAUCAUCAGUGACGGCAGCUAUGCGAGAAAGAAACCCAGUGAAUGUAGCGAGUGCGGAAAGACGGACCACGGAGACAAACCCUAUGAGUGUAACCAAAAUGGGGAAGGCUAUUCUCAAAACGCAGAAAGUAUUCUUCAGAACGUUCAUCUUUUGGAGAAACCCUUUGAAUACAGUGAAUGCAUGGAAGCCUUAGACAACGAAGCUGUUUUCCUCACUCAUAAGAGAGCUUAUAUGGGGGAGAAGCCCUACGAAUGGAAUGACUCCGGGUCAGACUUCAUCCAGAUGUCAAAUUUUAAUGUUUACCAGAGAUCACAGAUGGAAUUGAAGCCCUUUGAGUGCAGCGAGUGUGGGAAAUCCUUCUGUAAAAAGUCAAAGUUAAUCAUACAUCAGAGGGCCCACACGGGAGAGAAACCUUAUGAAUGUAAUGUAUGUGGGAAGUCCUUCAGCCAAAAGGGAACCCUCACCGUCCAUCGGAGAUCCCACUUGGAGGAGAAGCCCUAUAAAUGCAAUGAGUGUGGGAAAACCUUCUGUCAGAAGCUACAUCUCACCCAACACCUGAGGACUCAUUCAGGCGAGAAGCCCUAUGAAUGUAAUGAAUGUGGGAAAACCUUCUGCCAAAAGACCCAUCUGACCCUGCACCAGAGGAAUCAUUCAGGAGAGAGACCCUACCCCUGUAAUGAAUGUGGGAAAUCCUUCUCCCGCAAGUCUGCCCUCAGUGACCACCAGAGAACGCAUACGGGAGAGAAACUUUACAAAUGUAACGAGUGUGGGAAAUCCUACUACCGAAAAUCUACACUCAUUACCCAUCAGAGGACACACACAGGAGAGAAACCCUAUCAGUGCAGUGAGUGUGGCAAGUUCUUCUCUCGGGUGUCGUACCUCACCAUCCAUUACAGAAGUCAUUUAGAAGAGAAACCCUAUGAAUGUAAUGAGUGUGGCAAAACCUUCAAUUUAAAUUCAGCCUUCAUUAGGCAUCGGAAGGUACACACAGAUGAGAAACCCCACGAAUGUAGUGAAUGCGGAAAGUUCUCUCAGUUCUCCUAUCUCACCGACCAUCCUCCGGCUCCUUUAGGAGAGAAACCCUAUGAAUGUAACGAAUGUGGGAAAAUCUUCCUCGACGGUUCAGCCUUCAGUGGGCACCAGUCACUUCCGAAAGGGGAGAAAUCCUAUGAAUGUAACAUAUGUGGGAAAUUGUUCUCUGAGUUGUCCUACUACACUAUACAUUAUAGAAGUCAUUCGGAAGAGAAACCCUAUGGUUGUAGCGAAUGUGGGAAAACCUUCUCCCAUAACUCUUCCCUCUUUAGACAUCAAAGAGUGCACACGGGCGAGAAGCCCUAUGAGUGUUAUGAAUGUGGGAAGUUCUUCUCCCAGAAGUCCUAUCUCACUAUCCACCAUCGGAUCCACUCGGGAGAGAAGCCCUAUGAAUGUAGUAAAUGUGGGAAAGUCUUCUCUCGGAUGUCGAACCUCACUGUACACUAUAGAAGCCAUUCGGGAGAGAAGCCCUACGAAUGUAACGAAUGUGGAAAAGUCUUUUCUCAGAAGUCCUACCUCACCGUGCACUACAGGACUCAUUCCGGAGAGAAGCCCUACGAAUGUAACGAGUGUGGGAAAAAAUUCCACCACAGGUCAGCCUUCAAUAGCCAUCAGAGAAUUCACAGGAGAGGGAGUGUGAACGUACUGGCUGUGGGGGAUCUCCUGUGAAGUCAGAGCCCUCUGAGUAUAUCGAGAUCCAAUAAGGAGUCCAAGAUCGGUGUCUGAGAGUUCGUGCUUCUGAAUGGGGAAAAUUCUUCAGGCAUUGGAUUCAUCUUCACCUAAUGUUUUUCACAGAGGAGAGUCCCUAAGGAUGCAAGAAGAAACAGAGCCUUCAAAGCAAGACCCUACAACUCAUUGGACACUAGAUAAUUUAUACAGGCGUGAAACUUGAUAACUAUUUAAUAUUUAUUUUGGAAUUCAAAUUGUAUUUGCAUAUCAGGGAAUCACACCAAGGCGAGAUCUGUCUAAGUAAUGAAUGUGGGAAAAUCUGUUGUCUUGGAAAUUGUUAUACUGAAAGCCAUAUUUCUGAUGUAAAUUCACGUUUAUAGGGAAGAUACCAGAAGCUAUCAGCUCUGAAUAAACCAUUGUAUAAAAUCAUCAGGAGUUUAUAAUGAGGACAGUACAUAUAUGGCAGUUUCUAUCAUGUUUUAAAAAUGUGUUCUAUCAGUAAUUCUAUGCAAACUUGGAUUUGAAUUAUUUGGGAAAAGGCAGUAUUCUAAUUUGAGUAUUAAGGUGGCAAAAUGUACUAACACGAGAUUAUAUAUUGUUGGUGAAACAUUUGAUAAGUACCAGAUAGUUAAAUACAUAAUUUUCUAUUUGAAGGUAUUUACAAAUGGGUUUUUCAUGAAUGCCCCAUCAAUAAAUUGUAAGCCCGUGGUUUUUAUAACGUUUUCAACUACGUUUGAGCAAAAAAAGUUUAAAGUACUAUUUUCAUAAACUAUGCAUAGAUGAUUUGGAGUUAAGUCUGUGUCAGUGAAAGAGGGCCUUGCACUGUGUAGUCUGUAAGAUACACACAAGUCUCAUGCCAUCCUGCAUGGGUUUGAGCGAGCCAUGUGCCGAUACCACGUGAUUCAGAAAUUUCAUCUCUGAUUUGAUUUGAAUACUAUGCCAUUCUUCUCUGCACUGCUUAUUCCCAGUAUUUUGGGACAAAUGCAAGUUUCUGUCAGACAGCUUUAGUUGAUGAACUCCGUGUCCUUUCUCCCCUCAUUCCUUGCUGGAAGAGUUUGGGUAUCCGCCGUUUCUUCACAUGACAUAGAAUGUGAAUCCUGAUUCGUGUAAACCAGUCACGAGAACUCUAUUCGGACCGCCAGUAACUUGUUUAUAGUGGUCACAUGACCCAGUUCUGGGCCAACAGAAUAGAUGGAUGUUGGCAAAAGGAUAAGACAUCGAUCAAUGGGUUUUACUACUCCAGGAACACAAGGGGGGUCAUUUAAUUCCUGGACUACAUCACAUGGAAAGAAGUAAUCUAGGAUGCAGAAAAGUCAUGUGGUGGUAAAGUCAACAUUCGUUUAUGUGCUUCACAAACUAUGGAUUUGAGAGGAACUUCCUUCCUUGGAUGAAGAGUGUCUAAAACCACAAAAUGGCAGCAUGCCUAGUGCUGAAAUAUGCGAAGUUUUCUCCCAAGAUUCUAAAAAAAAAAAAAAAAAAGACAAGGUUAUUUCCUGUCACUAAUUGUAUUCAGUAUUCUGCAGAAAGACCUAGCCAGGAGAGUAAGGGAAGAAAAGUAAUCAGAAGGCAUAAGGAUUAGAAAGAAUUAACACUUUUAUUUGCAGAUGACGUAGUUCUGUACAUGGAAAAUUCUGAGGAAACACGUGAGUAAGUUUAGCAAGGUCCGUGCAUACAAGGUCAUGAUGCAAAAAAUGUUUUAAUAUACCAGCAGUGAACAUAAAAAGUGAAAAACUUAAAAGCAAUACCACUCAACAAUAGCAUCAAAAAUCCUCAAGUGCCUCGAGGGAAAAUUACCCAACACCAUAUUUUCAAAAACUAUCCAGGAAAAAAAAAAAAAAAGACAAAACUUGA